AUGUCGCUGUACUACAUCGACCCCGAAGUCCUGCAGCUCCCCUACGCCCCGGCCUCCACCCCCUUCAACGAGGCGCCCUGGUGCGACUACGACGACGACGUCCAGGUCCACUGCGGCCGCGCGCCGCACAACCUCUGCAUCGAAAUCAGCGCCACGCUGCUCAAGCACCACAGCCGGUACUUCAAGAACCUCAUCGACGGCCCGGCCUUCAACGACUUCGUGCGCCUCCCCGGCGAGGACCCGCACAUCUUCGCGCAGGUGCACUCGUUCCUCUCGCGCCGCAUGUGGUUCGACCCGCCGUACAGCCGGCACGCGUGGAGGUUCAUCUCCUUCGACAAUAUGGUGCAGAUCUGGCUGAUGGGCCACCGGCUCGGCAUGCCGUUUGUGCAGAAUGCCAUUUCGGACCUGCUGGUUGAGAAGGUCAAGGAGGAGAAGGAGCUUCCGGACACCUCGACCCUCGCCUUCGCCUGGUCAGGCACGCCCGCGGGCUCGCCCCUGCGCCGCCUCCUCGUCGCCCUCAUCCGGCAGUGCUGGACCGGCGACCGCGACGAGUACUACUCGGACCUGUGGACCAACGACCUCGUCAACGGCAUCGGCUCCGAAGAGGACCUCUACCCGCUCAUGUGCAACCUGGUCAAGCUGGCGGGGACGGACGAGCGCACGCUGCGGGUCACGAUGGCGACGUGGAAGAAGGUCAAGGCGUGUGAGUGGCAUGUUCAUGAGGAGUUUGUGAAAUGCGAGGGUACCGACGAGGUUCGUCUGUCGGAUCUUCGCAUGGAUUUCGACGAGUUGUGCACCACGCUGACUCGCCGCGCUGGGUACAUCUACCUGAGGAUCCCCGACGACCACGAGUUCGACUACUGA